GCAGUUGGAUACUUCUUCUGUAGAGCUACAUCAUGACUGGACUCCACGCUUGUCUCUUCCUGGCCCUUGCCAGCAGCGCCAUCGCUGGUUACGUCCAGGGUGGCCUUGGCUACGGCCAUGGCCUCGGCUACGGCCAUGCCCUCGGCUACGGUAGCCUGGGCUACGCCGGUCUCGGCUUUGGCCAUGGUCUUGGCUACUCUGGUCUCGGUUAUGGCCACGUUGUUGGUCUUAACAACGGCUUCGGCUACUCUGGUCUCACCGGCUACAGCGUGGCUGCCCCAGCCCUGAGCCGCACUGUGGCCACUGCCUACCGUGCUGCUCCAGCUGUUGCCACCUACGCUGCUGCUCCAGCUGUUGCUGCCUACCACGCUGCUCCAGUCGCUAGUUACGCCGCUGUCCCAGCUGUCACCAAGGUCGCUACCUACCAGGCUGCUCCAGCUGUUGCCACCUACGCCGCUGCUCCAGCUGUUGCUGCCUACCACGCUGCUCCAGUCGCCACUUACGCCACUGCCCCAGCUGUCACCAAGGUCGCUACCUAUCAGGCUGCUCCAGCUGUUGCUACCUAUGCCGCUGCUCCAGCUUUUGCUGCCUACCACGCUGCUCCAGUCGCCACCUACGCCGCUGCUCCAGCCGUGACCAGGGUGUCCACCGUCCACGCUGCUCCAGCUGUCGCCAGCUACCAGACCUACCACGCUGCCCCAGCCGUCGCCACCGUUGCCCACGCUCCAGCUGUUGCUAGCUACCAGACAUACCACACCGCUCCAGCUGUGGCUUCCUACGCCCACUCUGCUCCAGUCUACGGAUACGGCGUCAACUCUCUCGGCUACGGUGCCGGCCACUUCGGUUACGGACACGGCCUGGGCAGCUACGGUCUGAACUACGGAUACGGUCUCGGUACCUAUGGAGACUACACCACCCUCCUCCGCAAGAAGAAGUAAAAUCUCCAAAGCUCUACUGCCAUGAGUGGUAGCCACCAGGAUUCUAUGAAGAGAUGUGUCCACUGCCAAUAUCUGCUGUCGUAAAGAAAGCAAUAAAGUCGUCGAGUCUUCUCACUUU